AUUGGUCCUUUGAAAGGGGCGGUACUUGAAUUCAAACCGUGAGCGGCUAGUAUUCAUCGGCACUAUAGUGAUUAUAGUUCUACGUUAUAAGGAUUGACGAAAGAAGUAACUUUUUGUGUAAAAAGUUGGCUCUUGUAAUUUGUGAGUGCAAAAAGUAGAGCGAUGACGUUUGAGUUCAGCAUACCCCUUUCACUGACUGACCUGCUGAAGAGUGGUGGUGUCAACCAGUAUGUGGUGCGAGAGGUCUUGUCUAAGAGCGAGUGUGCUGCCGAUAUAAAUGUAUUGAAAUUGGCUUUUCGAACCAAGGGACCUCUGGCUUUUCUGGAACAUUUUGAUGCUCCCUAUAGUGUUUUGUACAAUUUCCGGACUGUUGAUGCAGAGCUGAAAGAAGAAACAUUGGAACUACUGGUCACAGGGAUAUUGCGCUUGUCCAGAGACCUACCUUCUAUUCUAGACAGUGUGACACUGAGUGCUACAGAGCGUAAAGAGUAUUUGAACACUGUCAAAAUGACGUGCUACCUUCUGACGCAGCUUACAGAGGCAUUCGAAGCAGAGUACUACAAAUCUUCAUUGGCCAAUCUGGCACCCAGUGGCAAGGGCAAGAAAGGGAAGUCUACUUCCAGUUUGUUCGAUUGGGAGGUAGAGAGAGAGAAAGCACUGCAGGCACUGAUCCAGCUGUUACAGCUGGACAUUCGACGAUUGUGGAACAUGACUGUAGUAGAAGAAGAGUUUGUCAGUAUCCUGACCUGCUGCUGCUACAAGAUCUUGGAAAAUUCUUCAAUUGGCCAUGUGAAGUGCAGACCAACCAGGGAUGCAGUGGCCCAUUUGCUGGGCAUUAUGGUGAAGCGCUACAACCAUAUGCUGGGUGCGAGAUUGAAGAUCACCCAGCUGUUACAGCACUUUGAACAUCUGGCUCCUGUCUUUGUGCAUGCAGUCAGCUUGUGGGCCACAGAGUAUGGCAUGAAAGCAAUUGUUGGUGAAAUCAUGAGGGAAAUUGGACAAAAGAGUCCCGAUGAACUGGCAAAAGAAAGUUCAGGUGUGAAAGCUUAUGCUGCAUUCCUAGCUGAGCUGUCUGAGAAAAUUCCCGGCAUCAUGCUUCCCAGCAUGAGCGUGUUGUUGGACCAUGUGGAUGGAGAGAGCUACACUAUGCGCAAUACCAUACUUUCAAUGAUGGGAGAAAUGGUGGUUCAAGUCCUGAAAGGGGAUGACUUGGAGGAAUCUGUCAAGGAUACCCGCGAUGAAUUCUUGGAGACACUUAAGCUACACUUGCAUGAUGUGCAUUCCUUUGUCCGCAGCAAAGUGCUUCAGAUUUUCACCCGAAUUGUUCAGGAGAGGGCUCUUCCACUGGCAUGCUUUCAGUCUGUGGUUACUCUCACUGUGGAACGUCUGUUGGAUAAGUCUGCUAAUGCGUGCAAAAAUGCUAUUCAGCUUUUGAUGGCUUUCCUUGCAAACAAUCCAUUCUCAUGGAAGCUGAGCAGUGAAGAUCUGAAUGGCUUGCUACAGACAGAAACUGCUAAUUUAAGGGAGAUGAAGGAGAAACAGAAGCCAGCACCCCCAGCUUUGGUAAUUGAGGCGUGGGAGGAGUGGGAUGCCAUGGUACCAGAGCUGCUGUCCACUGUGAAAACUAUGCUGCAGGGGCAGUCUGAAGAGGAAGAUGAAGAAACUGAGCAGAAGGAAGAACUGGAUGAGGAAGAGACUGCAGAAAAUGUGUCACAAGACAUUGUUAAGCUUUUGAAACAAGCCAGUUACAAGAAAGCUGUGCAGCGUGCUUUGGCAGCCCUGCAGAAAUUUGGAAGAGUUCCACCCUUUGAGAUCGAGCAGGUGGAUGUUGGCUCAGAGGAUGUUACCGAGGAAAAUUUGAUGAGUGUUCUGGCCCUCAUCUUCAAAGGGGAACCUGAUAUAAAAGUGAAGAUUGAGGAGCCUGCCCCAGAAGAGCCAAACAAUGCUGAGCAGCCCGAGGAAGGUACGGAACAUGCCAGUGCUGAGAUCCCCACUUGUCAGGCACAGGAGGAGGAGGAUAGUAAAAAGGAUGAACUGUCAGACCUGGCAAAAAAGGAAAUGUUGGUUCAGUACCUGAAGGAUGCCUAUGCAUUUACAGUGAAGAUCGAGGAUGCAAUCACGUUAAUCAGUGAGAUGCUGUACCAAAAUUCCAUUUCUGUGGUGCAGGAGGCCAUAGAGUUCUUUGUGAUGGUAACUGAGUUUGGCAUGGCACAAGCCGUUGUCGGUGUGCGCAAGAUGCUGCCACUCGUCUGGAGCAAGGAGCCUGGUGUAAAGGAGGCAGUGAUCGAUGCCUACAGAAGACUGUACCUUUCUCCCAAGAAGGAUACCCAGAAAUCUUCAGCUCUGACCCUGGUGCAGAACCUUUCUACUGUGAUGAUCAAUGCCUCCCUCGGAACUAUUCAGUGUUUGGAAGAGAUAAUCUAUGAGUUUGUGAAGGCAGAUGAGAUAAAGCCUCCAGUUAUCCAGGUACUUUGGGAACAAUUUACAGGCAAGUCUCCAUGUUCAGUGCUGGAACGCCGGGCAGCUGUUAUCCUACUAGGCAUGGUGGCACGAGCGGAACCGGAGGUGGUUGGUAGCAAUCUGGAAACACUUGUAAAUGUCGGACUCGGAGAAAAAGUUCACGAAGAUUAUCAACUGGCAUGCGAUGUCUGCAGCACCAUUUCCAAAAUAUCAGACAGCGAAAAGCCAAAACUGGGCAACAGUGGGGCUCCAUUCAGACUUCCAAAAGACCACCUGCUAUUUACUAGCUUGAGGAGUGCCAUCACGGAAGGAUAUGCCAAACACCACAAUUACUACCUGCCAUUUACGGAUCGGGCCAUAGCAUUAAUUUAUCAGUUGGCUGAGAACCCAGAUGAGAUCUGCACUGAUAUUUUGCGGCAUUGUUAUGUUCAGGUUCAAGAAGAGGUGAUGCAGGAAAAAAACGAGAUUGAGCCACCCGCGGUAAACUCUGAAGACAAGCAAACGCUUUCAUCGGCAGAUAACAGUAAUGCUGGAAAACUUCCCACGUACCUGCUGAGUCACCUGUUCUCCCUGGUGGGGAGUGUAGCCCUACAGCAAGUAGUGCACCUGGAAAACGCAGUCAGUGCUGAGCUCCGCCGCAGACGUAUGAUCCGUGAAGAGCAAGAAGCAAAGAAAGAUGCCCGAAACAAGCACAGGAAAUCCAAGGACAACAAUGAGAGUGGACUUGAUGAAGAGAUGGGACUGGUGGGAGCAUCGGCAGAGGAUACAGAGGCUGAACUGGUUAGAAAGAUUUGUGAAACAGAGCUUCUUAACGCUCAGAAUCUCCUUUCCGUUUUUGUUCCCAUGGUUCUAAAGGUGUGCAACAACCCUGGGAAGUACAAAGAUAGUGAUCUUACCACCAUUGCCUCUUUCACUCUGGCAAAGCUGCUGAUGAUAAGUACUGAUUUCUGUGAGAGCCACCUGCGGCUACUGUUUACUAUCCUGGAGAAAUCUCCUUUGCCCACAGAACGCUCCAAUCUCAUCAUUGCCCUGGGAGACCUUGCCAUCCGUUUCCCGAAUCUUAUUGAGCCUUGGACUGCUAAUUUGUAUGCCAGGCUACGGGACAGCUCCCCAAGUGUGCGACUAAGUGCUGGACUUGUUUUAAACUAUCUAAUCCUGAAGGACAUGGUGAAGGUGAAAGGUCAGAUCAGUGAGAUGGCUGUCUUGAUUAUUGAUCCAGAUCAGGAGGUUGCUGGAUUGGCAAGAAACUUUUUCAAUAUGCUGUCCAAAAAGGGUAAUACUGUAUAUAAUCUUGUGCCAGACAUAAUUAGCAGACUGUCUGAUCCAGACUGUGGAGUAGAUGAAGAAGCCUUCCAAACUAUUUUAAGAGAACUGCUUUCCUAUAUCACCAAAGACAAGCAAACUGAAAGCCUGGUGGAGAAACUGUGUCAAAGAUUUCGAACAGCAAGGUCAGAACGACAGUGGCGAGAUUUGGCUUACUGCCUGUCUUUGCUCCCUUUCACUGAUCGAUGCAUACGAAAGAUGCAAGAGAACUUUGAGUGCUUUGGUGACAAAUUGACAGAAGAAGCAGUAUAUCAGUCAUUCAUGACGGUAGUUUCCAAGCUGCGCAGGGGAGCUAAGCAAGAUGUCAAGGUCAUGAUAGACGAGUUUGAACAGAAGAUCACCAUAUGUCAUAACAAAGGCCUAGAUAUGGAUGAGCUGGAGCAAACUACAAUGUCUGCAAAGAAGGAGCCCAAAGCUGGAGGUAAAAAGGAUCAGACUGCAAAUCGCCGGCAUAAGAGUCUAACAAAUGGUGAUGAAUCUGACUACAUUACUCCCAAACCAAGAACCAGGAGAAAUGUGCGGUCAGCCAAGAAAAAAGCUGUGGUCGUCUUUACCAGUGAUGAGGAGGAAGAUGAGAGUGAAGCUGAAGUGGAUGAAGAUGAAACACCCAAGGUUACUACACCAAUCCUGCGAUCCUCCCGACGAACCCGUGCCAGAUGAGAAGGUGACAACUUCACCACCACGACAGCAGAUCCAUCCUAAACUAGUGUGACAAAGGGAGAUGCUGAGUUUGUUUUAUUUCAGGUGUACAUCCUUCUAAAAUUAUAUGGAGUGUUCCCGUAACCCCCUUUUGUCAGGUGUUUGUUAACUUUUGUGAAAAGAAGGAUCUAACAAAUGUCUGUCAGCAUUUGUAACUUGUAUUUCUGUGCAGCUUUGAACACUUAUUUCUUGUAAAAAGACAUCGAUCUAUUUUAAUUACUUAGAAGAGUCUCUUCAUCAUGAUGUCUUGUUUGUCCACAAAACUUUAUUGAAUUAUACCAGUGAUUGGUGCAAGAACAGCCCACCACUUUUACAGUAGGCAGUGAUUAUGACAGUAUAUAUGCAGUCAGUGAACUGCUGACAGAUUAGUGCCAAGGUUAGCUGCCCCCACAUCAGUGCACUGGUGUAAUCAUGUGCAGAGGGAAUUUGUAGCUUGAGAAGUGUAGGUAGUAUUCCUAAAAUGGUUCCUGUUUCACAUAACUACCUGUUUUGCUUUCACAAUGUAAGUAUGAAUUCACCAUUAGGGUUUGGUCAAGUAAUCUGACAUUUUUUUUAAAUAAGUUUGCUUUUUUAUAUACACGCAUCUGUUUUUAGAUUGUAAUUCAAGUUACAGUAAAGCACUCUGGAUGUUAUGUGCCUUUAGGUGUUAUACAAGCAAUUCAGACUCCCCAUGGGCCUUGACUUCUUCCCCUUUUAUGAUUUACUACUUGUAUAAUCCACAUUUUUGUAUUUAUGUUGAUGUGUAAGGAGAAGUGUCAUCACUCACAAUAAAAGUGACAGUAGAGUCUUGUUAAAGGAUUAUAUCUAGCUUUUAUGCUGCUAUGCCUCUGGCUGCUGCUAAUACAUUUAAUAAACAAUGAUUUUACCUGUGUAUGUAUGAGUAUAUGUAUAUUAUGCCUUUGUUGGGCAUAAGUGUUUUCACUUUGUACAUGUCUUGUCAUUUUAUGAAUGUCUUUUUUCUGUAUCUGUAUUUAUGUACGAUUUUCUUGUUCUGUUUUUGACGGGGAGAUUCUUGGCUCCUCUUUUAAUUAAAUAUUCU